CGCCAGACAGUGCACGCAGUGGGGCCCAGGGGCCGCCGAGCGCGUGGCGGCGCGGGUCCUGGCCUCCCAGACGGGGAGGCUUUUAGCCGAGGGCGUAGCGGCGCGGGCGGGUCCGCGCGCGGGUGCGGCGCGUCUGGACCCGGGGCUGGGCGUGCCCAGGCCUCCCAAGUGAGCCAUCUCGUGCACGAGGAGGGGGCCGGGUCGGCGGCGGGGGCGCCCGCGCGCGGGGGGCGGCCAGGGGCUCGGCCGCGCGCGAGCGCCCUCCUCCUCUGCACGCGGUGCUCGUGCGCGGCCUGGCAGCGUGCGUGAGCCGCCGUUCGAGGCGGGGCCUUUCGGCACCAGGCAACCGCCCGCAGCACAGGCGGAGGAUAUGGAUCUGGAUAUGGAUCUCGAUGUUCUCCAUCCCCGCCGUCGCUGGUGCAUCGGCGGCGCCGACCUCAUCAAUUAUUGCUUCAUUUGGGAGGCCUCCAGCUCAGGUCUGCCGGCAGCCCCCCACGAAUCGCAGGCGGCCGCGCUCGUGGGAGUGAGAGCUGGCCAGCCAAAAGCGAUGCCUUUCGAGAGGGCCAGACCACGGACGGAGACCGAGACCGCGGGGGCGAGGAUCAACAGCGACGCCUGUCCCUUUUGCACGGGGUCCGUUGUUCGAACAGCAGCGGGCGCGGCCGGUUUUGGGCAACGUUUGCUGCUGAGCAUCGCCUCCGUUGUUCUGUCCUCAUCUUGGACGUGCCAGGCCACACACAUUCAAAUAUUCUACACCUUUCCUCUCCUCGUCCUCUUUCCCUCCUGGCCUUGCCUUGGCGCCGGGGCCCUGCCUCCUGUCGCACGUCGCAAAUGUCAUUGGUCGCUCCUGCUGCCUCCUGGUCCGCAAGCCGAGCAAAGACGUCAUGCCGUGGCAGAAGCAGGCUGUCGCGGCAGAGCGACGCCCGCGCCCCCGACUUCAAGCUGCUGCGGUCCGACCCACCCACCCCCGUGGGCCUGGACUCCCCUGGGGGCCCCGUGUCUCUCGUCCUUCUCCUCUUCCUCCUCCUCGUCCUCGUCAGCUCUCGCAUCGCAUCUGCGGGGCGGAGUUCGUGACAUGUUCGUUGCGUGCUGACGCGCCGAGGAAACGUUACUUCAGACCGGCUUUUUUCCUUGAGC